AGGGGAAAAGGCGGUUUUUCCCAACCUGCUCCCCUCCCCGGCCGCCGCCGACGUCGGAGUGCAAAACAAGGCGAAGUAGCAAGCAGGGGAGCGAUGCAGGUGCGGGGGAAGGCGAGCGAGGAAUCCGGAGCCCCCGCGGCGUUCUAACCGCAAGAUCUUUGCGCUGCGUUUGGCCAGUCGCUCUCUCUGUCACCUAGGAUGAGUAACUGCAGCAGUCGCGCCCUGACCCUGCUGUCUAGUGUUUUUGGAGCGUGCGGGCUGCUCCUGGUGGGCAUUGCUGUCAGUACUGACUAUUGGCUGUUCAUGGAGGAAGGGAUUGUGUUUCCGCAAAACCAGACCACGGAAAUAGUCAUGGCACUCCAUGCUGGCCUCUGGAGGGUUUGCUUCUUUGCAGGUCAGAAAAAAGGCAGCUGUGUGGCUUCUGAAUACUUCCUCGAGCCCAGGCCUGAUCCUGAUCCUGAAGGUCCCCUUGUUACGGAGAACACAGAAAAUAUCCUCAAGACCAUUCGCACAGCCACCCCCUUUCCCAUGGUCAGCCUCUUCCUGGUCUUCACAGCCUUUGUCAUUAGCAAUAUUGGACAUAUCCGCCCACAGAGAACCAUCCUGGCUUUCGUUUCAGGCAUCUUCUUCAUCCUUUCUGGGUUGUCCCUGGUGGUGGGCUUGGUCCUGUACAUCUCCAGCAUCAAUGACGAAGUGAUGAACCGUCCCAGUGGUUCCGAGCAGUAUUUCCAGUAUCGCUAUGGAUGGUCCUUCGCAUUUGCUGCCUCUUCUUUCUUGCUCAAAGAGGGUGCAGGUGUGAUGUCCGUCUACCUCUUCACCAAACGUUACGCGGAAGAGGAAAUGUAUCGCCCGCACCCGGCCUUCUAUCGCCCUCGCUUGAGCGACUGUUCUGACUACUCGGGCCAGUUCUUGCACCCUGAAGUGUGGCACCGUGGGCGCAGCCCCUCUGACAUCUCCAGUGAUGUUUCCAUCCAGAUGACUCAGAACUACCCACCAGCCAUCAAGUAUCCCGAACAUAUGCACAUAUCAACAUCACCUUGCUAGACCUGCCAUAGAACAUGGUGGACAAGGAGCCUGGCCUUUGCUUGUAGACUACAUUGUCCAAUCCCCCUAGCUUCCCAUGAGGCUGCCCUACUAAUGGGGACCUCAUUCCUUCUUUGAACACCUUCUACCACCUGCUUUGCUAUAAAUGCCAUCUAUCUCUCUCUCUCUUGCUCUCUCUCUCUCUCUCUCCCUCCUUCUCUCACUCUCUCUUUUUCCCUUUCUCCCACUUCCUUCUUCUAAAGCUAGUGGGAGUCUUCCAAGCCACCUAUGGAAUUGCUGGUGUUCAUGUUGGAAAACUGUUCUCAUUUUGGAUUCUUCCAGGAAGCUCCACCAUCCAAUGAAAAAUUCUUCCUUACCCUUUCCUACCUUCCUGGUCCCCCACAGACCAGUGGAAGAAGUGGCACAAAGGAACAUGUUUUCUACUCCUGCGAUGCUGCCUAAAAUGUAUUCUCCUUUCACCCAGAGAGUUGGAAUUGCCAUCAAGAAACAGCUCACCAAGCAUGCUUCCCUCAACCUGCUCCCCAAAGAUUUGAAAAAAUGGGGUUGUUGAAACCAUCUCUGCUUUUCAAAUCUCGAGAGGAAGAAUUACCAAAUGCUGGGUUUUUAAAAAAAAAAAAAUCAAUUCCGAUCGGAGAGGUUCAGUGCCCCCAUCUUUGCACAUAAUUACUUUACUCUUACUGGCAAUGUAUUUCGUUUCCUGACAUCAAAUGGCAUCUUACUUUAUUUUCCUCCAUGCCAAAAACACCAUUUCUUCAGCUUUAUCCAUCAGCGAACAGUAAAUCUUGCAUGUGUUAGUAAGAAAUGACAGGUAAUAUAUAUAUAUAGGGAUACCAUAUUGGUUUGACUACGAAUGGCCUGGUCCAAUGAAGUAUCUUACUGUUUUUCUUUCCAUUUCAGGUAGUCCUUGACUUAUGACCACA